CGCGCGCCGCCCCAGGAAGCGCAGGGUUUAGCGGCCGGCCCGCGCCGCGAUGCAUUGUGGGGCGCAGCAGCAGAGCCAAGAUGGCGGCCAGCAGGAGGCUGAUGAAGGAGCUUGAAGAAAUUCGCAAAUGUGGAAUGAAAAACUUCCGUAAUAUCCAGGUUGAUGAAGCUAAUUUAUUGACCUGGCAAGGGCUUAUUGUUCCUGACAAUCCUCCAUAUGAUAAAGGAGCCUUCAGAAUUGAAAUCAACUUCCCAGCAGAAUAUCCAUUCAAACCUCCUAAGAUUACAUUUAAAACAAAGAUCUAUCACCCUAACAUCGAUGAAAAGGGGCAGGUUUGUCUGCCAGUAAUUAGUGCUGAAAACUGGAAGCCAGCAACCAAAACUGACCAAGUAAUCCAGUCCCUCAUAGCACUGGUGAAUGAUCCACAGCCCGAGCACCCCCUGCGGGCUGACCUAGCUGAAGAAUACUCUAAGGACCGUAAAAAAUUCUGUAAGAACGCUGAAGAGUUUACAAAGAAAUAUGGUGAAAAGCGACCAGUGGACUAAAACCUGACACAAGUGCUGUCAGCAGCCUAUGAUAGAAGAUCGGAGCAGUGCAUUUGAGACACCCCGUAAAGCAGGACUCUAUGGAAAAUUGACAAGUGCCACCUUUCGGUGUGAACUUGUGGCUGUUACUAACUUUCUACAGUUUUCUUAAUCAAAAGUGGGCUAGGUAACCUGUAAAGAAAGGAUUAAAAUUUAAGAUGUUCUA